GACUUUGUUUGUUGUAUUGUUAUUAUUGUUACUAUAUUUCAUUCUUCAUCAUGUCCACACGUCCUCCCUAGCCACAAAAAAUUCAACAACAUACAACAAAAACUGAAAAAACAAACACAAAACAAAGAACAAGAAUAAGAACAAGAUUCAAGAUAUUAGAGAAAAGGGUGUUGGUGGUGAAAUUAAUCACCAUCACCCUCCUAACCCUUUGAUUCUUCAAUCAAUCAAAGUGCUGUUAGGGAAAAAAAAUAAAUAAAUAACAGAGAAAUUAAAGAAACAAAAUUGAUAUGAGGGUCUGGAAACAAGCAACAGGAGUUAUCAAAGACAAGAACAGCAUUUGGGCUGCAAAAUUUUCAAGAAAAGGUCCAUGGCGUAAUCCUGAUCUUGAAACUGUUAUAAUAAAAGCUACAAGCCACGACGAAAACCGCAUCGAUUGUAAGAAUGUUCAAAGAGUUUUUAAAUGGCUAAGAACAUCUCCUUUGUAUUUGAAACCUUUGGUUUGGGCUUUGUCUAUAAGAAUGCAAAAAACUAAGAGUUGGGUUGUGGCUCUUAAAGGAUUAAUGCUCAUUCAUGGAGUUUUCUGCAUUGGUAUCCCUGUGGUACAAAAAAUGGGUAGGUUACCAUUUGAUUUAUCAAAUUUCAAUGAUGGUUAUUUGAAUCCUUCAAAAGCUUAUGGUGUUAAUGCUUUUGUCCGUUCUUAUUUCGCUUAUUUGGAUAAAAGAUCGGUUUUUGUUUCAUCCGAGGUUAAGAAUUUGAAGAAGAAUAAUAAUAAUAAUAAGGAGGGGGAAGUUGAAGAGACAUUGAUGGAAGAGCUAGAGAAGUUGCAAAAUUUGCAAGAAAUGAUUGAUAUGCUUUUGCAAAUCAAACCAAGGAAUGUGAAUAUGAAUGUUGGUCUUAUUCUUGAAGCAAUGGAUUGUAUCAUAGUUGAGAUUUUUGAUGUUUAUAGUAAAUUUUGUAACAAGAUUGCAAGGGUGUUGAUGAGGAUUUAUGAUGUCGGUGCGAAAACGGAAGCUUGUAUUAUGCUAAAGAUUUUGCAAAAAGCAGUUAUUCAAGGGGAUGAAUUGGCUUGUUACAUUGAGUUUUGUAGGGAUAUUGGUGUCCUUAAUGCUUCUCAAUGUCCUAAGAUUGAAAGAAUUUCUGAUGAAGAUAUUCAAGAUCUUGAGAAGGUAAUUAAGGGUGCUUAUUAUGAUAAGAAAAGCUUGGAGGGUAUUAAUGAUUGUGGUGGUGAAAAGGAGAAUCAAGACAAGGCUAUUGUGGUAAGAGAUUUCUUGCAGCGCAAGGAAUUAUCACAAAAUGGUUUAACAACUGUGAUUACUCAUCAAUGGGAGGUGUUUUUUGAUGACAUAAUGGUUAAUGAUGUCAAAGGAAAUAGUGUCAUCAAUGGUGACAAGGGUAGUAUUGUAAUAACAACUAACCCUUUUGAGGAAUCAUAUAGCAUUGUACCUUAUUGUCACGUUAACAUUAAUCAAUCUCUUCCAGACCUAAUUAGUUUGUAGAAGAAUUAAUCUGUUAUCCCCCCAACCCAACUUCUGUGUUAGGAAACUUUGUUACAUUUGAAAUUGUGUUAUUACUCUUCUUGAUGUUAUAUCACAAUUAGAUACUGAAAUAAAUGAGAAUUUCUUGCCUUCAGUUUUC